AGAAGCGCAAACGCCCGCCAUUUUUGUAUGCUGUCAAACUUCAAAGGAAAAUGUUGUAAUGUCGUGAAUUAAAUUCAUAUUUAUUUCGCGUCCGAAGGCGAUAAAUACGAGAAACAUUAAUUAUAGUUACGCCGAAAGACAUUAUCUACCAUGUCGAAUAUAUCGCUUGAUAAAGAAACCUUUUUUAGACGCAUGAAAAAGCUCUACGCGGCGUGGAAGGCUGCUGCAGACUCCAAAAGCGAGGAUGCCUUGGGUAAGGCCGAUUGUCUGGUAACUUGUGUCGGUGGUGAUGAAGAUACAAUUUACAGCAAAUCGACGGCGUUACAGACAUGGCUGUUUGGAUAUGAAUUACCAGAUACAAUAGCAGUCCUGAGUGAACAUAGUAUGUGUUUCCUUGCAAGUAAAAAGAAAAUAGAAUUUUUGAGGCAAAUUGAAAAUGGUAAAGAAGAAUCUGACCUACCACCAGUGAAGCUACUAAUAAGAGAUAGAAAUGACCAUGAUAAAGAAAACUUCAAUAAACUCUUACAAGAGAUAAAGAAAUCUAAAGCGGGCAAGACACUUGGUGUUUUUGCUAAAGACAACUAUCCAGGAGAAUUCAGUGAGAGCUGGAAAGCUGUGUUAAAGGCAGAGAAAUUUGAAAAUGUUGAUAUUAGCUCCUCAGUUGCAUUAAUCAUGGCACCCAAGGAAGAUCCGGAGGUCAUCACCAUAAAGAAAGCAUGUUUGGUGACAGUUGAUGUAUUCACCAAGUACUUAAAGGAUCAAAUUAUGGAAAUUAUUGAUUCUGAUAAGAAAGUAAAACACUCAAAGUUAGCAGAAGGCGUAGAAGCAGCGAUAUCAGAUAAAAAAUAUGUCACAGGUGUAGACACAAGCCAAGUAGACAUGUGCUAUCCACCGAUCAUACAAUCCGGUGGCAAUUACAGUUUAAAAUUCAGCGCUGUUUCGGACAAAAAUCACUUGCAUUUUGGAGCAAUCAUAUGUUCAUUGGGUGCAAGAUAUAAAUCGUAUUGCUCGAACAUCGUACGUACAUUGCUGGUCAACCCUACGGACGCUGUUCAGAGCAAUUACAAUUUCCUACUCAAUGUAGAGGAGGAAGUAUUAAAACGUCUAGUUGCUGGUGCCAAGUUGUCUACGGUAUACGAAGCUGGUUUGGAACUGGCUAAGAAGGAAAAGCCAGAACUUGUUGAUAAUCUCACAAAAAACUUUGGUUUCGCAAUGGGUAUAGAGUUCCGUGAAAGCUCAAUCGUGAUUGGCCCCAAAACCUCCAUAGUGGCCAAGAAAGGCAUGGUGUUCAACAUCAACAUAGGCCUGUCCAACUUGACCAACAGUGCGGCAACUGAUAAAGAAGGCAAAACGUAUGCCUUAUUCGUUGGCGACACAGUGCUAGUGAACGAGGAGCAACCGGCGUCUCUUCUCACACAGUCCAAAAAGAAGAUCAAGAACAUUGGUAUCUUCCUCAAGGACGACGACGAAGAGGAAGAGGAGGAAAAGGAAAAUAAGGCUGAGAUACUCGAAAAUGGAGGCAGAGGCAAAAGAACUGCCGUUAUCGAAUCCAAGCUCCGCACAGAACAUUCCUCAGAGGAGAAACGUAAGGAACAUCAAAGGGAGCUUGCUAUAGCGUUGAAUGAGAAGGCCAAAGAGAGACUGGCGAAACAGUCUAGCGGGAAAGAGGGAGAGAAAAUAAGGAAAAGCACAGUUUCGUACAAAAGCGUCAGCCAGAUGCCUAGAGAGAAUGAAGUGAAAGAAUUGAAGUUGUAUGUGGAUCGUAAAUAUGAAACAGUUAUUCUACCGAUAUUCGGUAUCCCGGUACCAUUCCAUAUAUCUACAAUUAAGAACAUAUCGCAGUCUGUUGAGGGCGACUACACUUAUCUGCGAAUCAACUUCUUCCACCCCGGCGCGACCAUGGGCCGCAACGAGGGCGGCAACUACGCACAACCCGACGCGACCUUCGUCAAAGAAGUAACAUAUCGAAGUACAAACACAAAAGAACCUGGAGAGAUAUCACCCCCCUCAUCCAACUUAAACACGGGCUUCCGACUUAUAAAGGAAGUUCAGAAAAAGUUCAAAACACGAGAAGCUGAGGAAAGGGAGAAGGAAGAUCUGGUCAAACAAGACACACUGGUCCUCUCACAGAGUAAAGGCAACCCUAAGCUCAAAGACCUGUACAUAAGGCCUAACAUAGUCACAAAGAGAAUGAGUGGAUCUCUAGAAGCGCACACAAAUGGUUUUAGGUUUACGUCAGUCAGAGGCGAUAAAGUAGAUAUUUUGUAUAACAAUAUAAAAAAUGCCUUCUUUCAACCGUGUGAUGGUGAGAUGAUCAUAUUGCUGCAUUUCCAUUUGAAACACGCUAUUAUGUUUGGCAAAAAGAAGCAUGUGGAUGUUCAAUUCUACACGGAAGUGGGAGAGAUCACGACAGAUCUGGGCAAACACCAACACAUGCACGACCGCGACGACCUCGCGGCCGAGCAGAGCGAGCGAGAGCUGCGGCACAAGCUCAAGGUCGCCUUCAAGAGCUUCUGCGAGCGAGUCGAGAACAUGACGAAGCAGGAAGUGGAGUUCGACACGCCCUUCAGAGAACUCGGUUUCCCCGGAGCGCCCUUCCGUAGCACCGUCCUCCUUCAACCAACUUCAGGAGCCCUGGUCAACCUGACCGAGUGGCCUCCCUUCGUGAUAGCACUGGAGGAUGUAGAGCUGGUACACUUCGAGCGAGUUCAGUUCCACCUCAAGAACUUCGAUAUGGUGUUCGUUUUCAAGGACUACGCCAAAAAAGUUGCCAUGGUCAACGCUGUGCCCAUGCAAAUGCUGGAUCAUGUCAAGGAAUGGCUAAACUCCUGCGACAUUCGAUAUUCGGAAGGCAUACAGUCACUGAACUGGACUAAGGUUAUGAAAACAAUCACAGAUGACAUAGAGGGCUUCUUUGACAACGGAGGUUGGUCCUUCUUGGACCCUGAGUCGGAUGCUGAAAACGAACGUCAGGAAGAGGAAUCUGAGGAAGAGGACGAUGCGUACGAGCCGACAGACGCGGAGUCGGAAGAGGAGUCGGAGGACGACUCGGAGUACGACUCCGAAGCGUCCGACGUGUCCGAUGGCUCGGGUGAGAGCGAGGAGGAAGACGAAGAAUCCGGCAAAGACUGGUCCGACUUAGAGCGCGAGGCGGCCGAAGAGGACAAAAAAGAGCGCAUUUAUGACCGCGACACGACCGACUUCGACCGCAAGCGCAAAGGAGGCCGCGACCCGAGGCGCAGCUACGACGACGAAGAGGGCCGCAAGAAGAGCAAACAUGACAAGAGUUCCAGCAACAAGAGCUCCAGCUCACACAAGAGCUCUAGCUCCAACCACAAGAGCUCCAGCUCCAACCACAAGAGCUCCAGCCAUAAGAGCCCCUCCAAACACAGUAGUAGCAGUCCAUCGAAGAAUCGCGACAAGCACCACAAGUCGUCGCACGGCGACCGCGACCGCAGCAAGUCGUCGCACAGCAAGUCCAACGGCGAGCACAAGAAGCACUCCUCCGACCACCGCUCGCAGAAGCGCUCGCGCGACGACAGCCGCGAAGACCGCUCCUCUAAGAAAGCCAAGAAAUAAUAAGCCAUCACCAAGAAAAGAAACCUACACAAAUCGUGUGGAUACGAGUGACCCCUGUUGCAGUGAGCUAAUAAUGUUACAGUUAUACAUUUUAUACUUAGCUGUUGGUUUCCACCUGCAUCCAUUGUCUCGUGUUCAAAAUCAGGUCUGAAUGAAUGUAAUUGUAUGUAGAAUAACUUUGAUGAAUCGCCAUUGUAUCUAUUUUAUUUGUUUGAUUAUUCGAUUAUACACAAAUCUCUAAAUUGAUUUGAAGAAGUGUUGCCCUUUUCCACAGCAGCCAUUGUGAGAAGGAUAGCAUUACUUUUAGAUUAAGUUCAGAUAUUUGCAUAUUAUAGCCAAAUAAGAAGGCCACGUGACCGACAAAAAAAAAUCUUGUGUCAUAUUAAUAGAAAACUUAAUGCAGUUAAUUUUUUUAAUAAUUAUUAUUUUUGAAGGCUAUUUUGGCGGUUCAUCACAAAUUCCAAUCGUGAUUGUAAUAAUUUAAAUUAUACCAAGAAAAACAAAAUAAAUAUAAGGAUUUAUUA